AUGCAGGCGGGGGUCACCACACAAGAACAAGACUCCCACUUUGGACCCGUCAUGAAUGCCCCUUCCGGCCUCCUUGCAAAUCUCAUCAGGGUGUUUGUCCGCAUCCCACUUUUUCCGCGUCUGCGCCCGUCGGGGUCCGCGCUGGCGUUACCUCACCAGUCGCCGGUUUGGAGCCAGCUGGCUAUGCCGUGCGUGCUCUCUGAGCUGUGGGAGUCUUGUUUGUCAUCAUGUUUCUCUGUGGAGGAGCGGUCGCGUCACCUUUCCUUGGAGAAAACCUACGGCAGAUCGGUUAAGGACUCCCACAUGUGCCACCACAUGUUGAAGCACCUUCACGACGGGGCCCGCAUCACAGUGCAAAUGCCCCCAAAUGUGGAGGGUCACUGGGUGUCCACCAGCUGCGAGGUGAGACCCGGACCGGAAUUCCUGACACGCUCCUACCGCUUCUACGCCAAUAACACAUUCCAGGCACACCAGUUCUACUAUGAGGACAAUCACUGCACCAGGCCGACAUACACCCUGCUGGUUCGGGGACGCCUGCGGCCACGUCAGGCCUCCUGGAUCAUCCGAGGCGGCACGGAGGCUGAGUAUCACCUCCAUCGGGUUCAGAUAACGUGCCACGGAGCCGCCGUGGCUGAGGAGCUGAGCCAAAGGCUGAACCGAAGCUGCAGGGGAGCGGUGAGGGGCCCCUGGGAGCCUGACAUCCCCUACGAGUUGUGGAGCGAGGAGGGUGGCUACAACUGCUCAAGAGAGCUCAACUUUGCCAUGCACGAGUUGCAGCUGCUGCGUGUGGAGAAGCAGUACAUGCACCACAACCCAGACCAUUUGGUAGAGGAGCUCUUCCUGGGGGAUGUCCACACAGACCCCACACAGAGGCUGUACUAUAAGCCCACCAGCUAUCAGACACCACUGCAAAACGCCAAGAACCACGCACACGGUUGUAUCGUCUGCCGCAUCAUCUACCGCUCUGAUGAGUUUCACCCGCCCAUCCUGCCUCCACGCGCCGACCUGGCAGUGGGCCUGUACGGCCAGUGGGCAAGCCAACGGUGCGAGGUCCGUCCAGAGGUGCUCUUCCUCACUCGUCACUUCCUGUUCCACGACAACAACCACACAUGGGAGGGCUACUACUAUCACUUCUCCGACCCCGUGUGCAAGCACCCCACCUUCACCAUCUAUGCCCGCGGACGCUACUCGCGCGGACUGCACUCAACGCGUGUCAUGGGCGGCACCGAUUUCGUCUUUAAAGUGAACCACAUGAGAGUGACGCCCAUGGACUUUGCCACCACUUCGCUGCUUAACGUGUUCAGCGGCAACGAGUGCGGCGCAGAGCGCUCUUGGCAGCUGGGCGUGGAGCAGGAUGUGACAGCGACCAAUGGCUGCGUGGCCCUGGGCAUCCGCCUACCGCACACAGAGUAUGAGCUCUUCCGCAUGGAGCGCGACGCCGGCGGACGCUACCUGCUCUACAACGGCCAACGGCCUAGCGAUGGCUCGAGCCCGGACCACCCGGACAAGAGGGCCACGUCCUACCAGCUGCCCCUGGUGCGCUGCUCAGCUGGCGCCCAGAUGGCAGGACGCAACUCGGGUGGGGACGAUACGCCACUCCGGCUCCGAAACGGUGGCGGGAGACACCACGGAACCUGUGUUGUGAUGCUCCUUGUUGCUAUCAUGUUUAAAAUAUUGUCGCUUUAG